AUGAAUUUGCGUGACAACGAAGCUCUAGCUCUUCAUCCGGAAUCAGUAAACGAUUCUGGAAACGGAAUCGAACCUGCAACGCAAUCCGACAUCCCCGUUCAACAUGUCCGUGUCCCUAACGUCCCUGGUUUCCAACGUCAUGAUCAAGAAGACAUUCCUUUCUAUGAGAAGUCACGAGGUGAUAUUGAUAACUAUAAUAUGAUUAUCAGCUGA